UCACUUGUGAAUGAGGAAACCAUGUUGGUUAGCUGCAACGUUCUGUUCUGCACGUAGACGUCAGAACUGCUCCCCGCGGGCUCAUAUCAGCUGCAAAGGUAACACACGGCAUGUUGGUCACACCGAAACAGAGACACGAGUGAUGCUUGCGGUGGUCACUGUGAAGAGGAAGGUCUGCACUUUUUAGUCUUUUUUUUGUUUGUUUGUUGUUGUUGCAAUGAGCGGACUUUUGGGUUACAGCCUAUUCUUCACACGCAGAAAUUUCAAGUGCCCGAUCUGCAGGAGAGACCUCGCACUUUGCUGGCGCACAUCCGCAGCUUGGUUUAUUGGUCCAGAACUGCAAAGUGUCAGCUUCUGACGCAGCCGGAGAACCUAUCCGCGAGCGGGAACGCUGACACCUGACGGCUCCAUCUCUCCACAAGCCGGUUUUGGCCAUCACGACCACUUGGGCUCUGCAGUGCAGGAUCUGCUGCGUUGUAUGGAAGCAGAGUCUUCGCACACUGCCGUGGACAUGCUGCCCCCAAAGACCUGCCUGCCGAGGAACUACAGCUGCAUAGCUGGACUGUUCGGAAGCCUGGCAGCGGCAAACCCGCGGCUUGACGAUGGGGAAGAUUUUGACAGGAUCAACGGGACUUGCGAGCCCAUCGAGAGCCCCGUGGUGGACGUGAGACCCCGGGGCAGAGAGAUCUUCCUGAAGCCUCCACAGAGUCCAACUCUGCGGCGGAGGUGCAAGUCGCUGCCCACGCCCACAGAGAGAGCAAAGUUAGAGAUCUCCCGCAGCAGAAGUCCAACUAGUCAGAAAAAGGUCCGCUUCGCCGACUCCCUGGGCCUGGAGCUCAUUUCAGUGAAGCACUUCGAUGACACAGAUGAGCCGGAGGUGCCGGAGCGCAUAUUGGCAAAACUGCCCAAAGGACCCCUCCACCUUAAUCAUUUGGAAACAAAAUUCCCGCGGGCCCCUGCGCAGUCUGUGUUCAUGGAGCUGCAGUUCAGUAACCCAGGCACGUUACCCGGCUUUGAACAGAGAGUGAGGGAGGUCAAAGUCAUGUUGGAGACGGUCGAGGCAGACGAAUUCAGUCUCUCCGGGUUUGUGCGCGUUUUGAAUCUGGCUUUCGAAAAGAGCGUCUCUUUGCGGUAUUCUCUAAACAACUGGUUAACGUUUAUGGACAGUUUGGCUUCUUAUGUCCCAAGCUCCAGCGACGGUGUCACCGAUAAGUUCCGUUUCAAGAUCGUCAUGCCCACCUACCUCGACAACGGAGGCACACUGCAGUUUGCAAUUAAAUACUGUGUGGGCGGUCAAGAGUUCUGGGACAAUAAUAAUGGGAACAACUACAAAGUGCGGCGUCACCGAUUCAAGAUGUCCCCGCCGCGGGAAUGGGAGAACGGAUGGAUCCACUUUAUCUGAGCUUUGCGGUGUGAGGUGGAACACUGCAUGCGUUAUUUGCGCGUACUGAUCCCCGAGUACCUUAAUUAUGACUGUAGCCUGUUAAAGUUUUUUCUUUCUGACAUUGUCAGCAACACACACGUUGUGACACCGAAAACAAUUUCCCACAAUGCUUCAAAUAUUUAGUAAACAGAAUGGGUGUUGGGGACUGCUGCUUAAGCCCUUUGACAGGCGCCGGUGUGGGAUGCUGUUAGAUAAUUUGCCUUGAUGUCAGGGCUCUGUAUCGCUUGGUGCCCUUUGGGAGGGCAUGUUCAUGUUAUGUAAUGUAGAAACACGUGCCACGGAAAACGUGCCGGGCAUUGCCGGCUUCAGGCAUCACUGCUUCUCACAGGAGAUGCCGUGAAUUUAUUUGAUGGCGUGGGGAUCUUUAAAUUAUCACUUUGUGUUCCACGUGUGCAAAAACACCGGCUUUAUGGGAAGCAGAAAUCGUCACAUCUUGGCUGAUGUGGACGCCAAGGGAACGUAUAGGCUUUUUUUUUGGGGGGGGGGGGGGGGGUCCACAUGCGGCAGGUGAUUUCAUUCAUAAAAAUUCAAUGUAUAAUGUCUCACUGCCAUACUAUUGAAAAAUGCCUUAUUUUAAGCCGUGAUGUGGAACGUUAUGUAGCAUUUCCCCCCAGCAGGUUUAAAUAGUGUAAAAUGUACAUUUAACAUGCAGCCUACAGGCACAGGGGGCUACAGGCUUCCAAUCCAGGGACGCUAUACUUGGUCAGAAACCUACCUUUUAGCCGUAUGUUUGCGCCCGCUCAACACCUAUUGUAUAUUUUUGCAAAGUCCAAAGAUGAUGAACUCAAAAUCUUUCCUAGGAAAAGAAAUUUCCGUAAAUUAUAACUGCAUCUUGCAUAUUCCAUCAGAUCUUGAAGGCUAAAAGAAUGGGCUUCAAUACUGUCAUAGUGUACGGUUUGUUUCUUUUCUGAAUGAACCCCUUGAACAUGGUCGUUGUCCUCCACCACCCAAAGGGAAAAUAGAUCUAGCAGCCCUUUGCAAGCUUAAAUUUACCUCAGAUUACCACUGGACUCUUCUUCUUCAGGUUUAUUGUUGUAAGAUAGAUGUUAUUUUCACAGUAAUUAUUUUCUAACGGAUACAGAAAAGUAUUAUUGUACAUUACAGAUACAAAAUGCAAUGCUCAUUCAUUUCUAAUGCUCUUGAUUGCACUGUGUUACUCGUGCUUUUUGCAGAGCAGUAUUGUCUGUAGACAAAGUAGCUACUAUACAAACAACUGUGUUUAAAUGGCUUUUAUCCACAGUCACCACUGUGCAAGGACAGUGCUACUCUCACACCCCACGUGACCAAAGUGGUUUGGAGCACCUGACUGGCUGAUUUUUUUUUGUCCUUAGAUGGCAAACUGUUGCCUGAUGACUUCAUUUCUGUAUCACAUGCCUUGACUGAUGUUGUACAACCACUCUGCCCACGACAGAAAACAGCUAACACCACAUUCAUAAGUUUGUUUGUUUCAUUAUUAAUUCACUGGGGAGCAGUCUUCCAAAUCAUUUGUUGUCAUGUACUCUGUCUUUGUGACAAACAGACUUGCAUGUCAUUACUUCAUUGCAUAUAUCCAUCAUGCUUUUUUUUUUUUUUUUUUUUUUUUUUUACAUUGUAGGAUAUGAACAAUGUUUGCGGGCAUGUAAAAGUUGAGACUUCUGCAAGCAGAGGAAUAACAAACAGGGUGCUUUUGAUUGCAGGGCACUGACUGUAAUCUGAACAUCACUUUGUCCUUUGUUUACAUCAUCACGGCCUCGGGGGAAGCUCUCCGUUUAAUGAGGCCAUCAGGUUGGGAGGUGGAUAAAAACUAUUCCUGUAACCACUUAGGUUUUGGAGCAGCUCCACUGUGAACUCUUCAGUGAUGUUUGUCUCUAAAUCUGACAGGGUUUGCAUUGGAACUUGGAUGCUGUACCUGAUGAACGGCUUUGCUGAAGUAAGAGAUGUCCAGCACUGAGCUGAUAUUUGCUUUCACCACAUUUAGCUUUAUCAUGUACAGAGCUGCAUUCCUCUAGCACAUUUCUUAAAAUGCACUGUGGAUAUAUAAUGCCUGGUCAUGGCAGAGCUUGCUGUGUGUUAUAUUGUUAAAUCAGUGGCAUAGUGUCUGCUUUGGUCUGUGUAAACUUUGUUCAAGCAUCCAUGCAGGUACAAAACCAGAAAGCGUUAGUUAUCAUGAGACUGCUGACGGGGGUACAGAGAGAUGCAUCAAUACCAAUCAGUCACUGCCAACACAGACUGCGUUUUGAAAUUUAACAAGAUUUGCUCUGUUUAGUCAACAGUGUGCAGUUUGGGGUUGUGUGACCGUCUGAAUAUGAUGCUUUCUCCAUGUUCAUUACAUGUGAGUCUUUGAUUUGAUUUAAGAUGCCAGUACUCAGUCUGAGCCUGGCAUCUCCAACGCGGCUGUUGUUAUUGGUGCAUCCCUACCAUAAAGAAAGUGAAGGGCUUCUGGUGUGAUUAGAUUUUCACCUCAGUGUAUACAUAACAUUUUGCAUUAGAACUCACGUAUAUAUAGAUGUGUAUGUAAAUGUGUUAAUGUGUCAUAUUGAAUGUCUUCCUAUUACUGUUCUAUGUCACGUGUAUUUUGAAGCAUCUUAAAAGCAGGCUGGAGAGAUGUGAAUGGUAAAAGUUUGUUGUCUGUUGAUGCUGUGAAGUUGGAAGAUAAAACAUAAGCCCAAACUUAAUUAAUUUCUGAAGCACACUGAUUGUUAAAUUUAAUAAUCAAAACUUUCUACAAGAUCAUUUAAAAUAAGAAUAAUAAUAACCAACCAUGUGAACAUUUGUCUCAAAAUGAUGCUUUAUAUAUCACAGAGACUUUCCUUGAAAUGUGAAAUAUGUACCAGCGUGUGGAAAGUAUUUCCGAAUGACGUGAAUACACGGGAAACACCCUGUCCACAGUUAAAGGCAAAAUAUGAGUUUAAUGAUGAAGAGCUGAGAGAAUGCAAGUGCUUGUUUGUUCAGCGAUAAUGUGACUGCAGAUGGAUGAAAAGACGUGAACUCCAGACAAUGACAAAGGCACAUAUCUGGUCAAGAGUGAUAAUGUAAGAUGCACUUUGGUGUUUGAUAACUUUUGUCAUGAGCGACUUAUGAUUGUAGCAGACUCGGUCAAAGCGGGUCUAAUGCACUUUGAGUGAGAACAAGGAAAGGGACAAGGUUGCAGGCCACAAUACUGAUGAUAGCUUCCCCUGUGAAUAGCUACUAACCAAGAUGUUUUCAAAUCUUGUCCUCUCUUAUUUCUCUUUUCUGUCACUGUCUAAAGCCUAAUUCACCUCUGUCUUACUUAUAACCAUCAGAAUGCCCUGAAUUGAUUUCAGUGAGUUGUUUGCUUUUGUCAAUUCUAUGCAACCCCUUUUGUGUUGCGACAUCUCCAGUCAUCUGACUGUAUUAAUCUGUAUUGUGUGCUAUUUGUCUAAUGUUAAUAUGUUUGCAUGUACCUUUUACUUUUAUGUUUAGUUUUUAAUGUAGCCUAUGUUUUCUUAAAACAAUAGUUAAUAAAGACAUUUGUGAUGGAAACCAAAUACUCUGCCAGUA